AUGCUGAUAUCCAAGUACCUCGAUCUGAAAUCGGACUAUGACGAUAUGUAUUUCGAAUACGAGGCAAACGAGAAUGACCAGUUGGAACGUGUUUUCUGGGCAAAUGGUAUGACAAGAAAGCAAUAUAGUGUUUUUGGGGAUGUUGUGUCAUUUGAUGCCACGUACAAAACUAACAGGUAUAGCCUCGUGUUUGUUCCAUUCACCGGGAUAGACCACCAUAAAAAAUGCGUAACAUUCGCAGCAGCACUGAUUGCUCGAGAGGAUGUCGACUCAUACUGUUGGGUACUAAGGAACUUCAGAAACGCAAUGGGAAGCACACCACCACUCACAAUAACCGACCAAGACCCGACGGUGAAGGUUGCAAUUGCGCGAGAUUCCCAGAAACUCGCCAUCGUUACUAAGGAGAUAUGUGCCGGAUGCUUUGAAUGCCGGGUGCGUGCUGUCACACACGGUGAGGCCGGGAACACAUAUGAGGUCGAGGAUGAGCACGAGAUACGAUACACGGUGUUUGUUGAAAAUGGGACAAGGACGACAACCUGCGAGUGCCGAAUGUACAACCGGAUUGGAAUGUUGUGCAGCCAUGCGUUUGCAGUGCUAAUAUAUGACAGGAACGAGGAUAUACCCCCGCAACAUAUCACCCCCCGGUGGACACGAACCGCAUUAACAAAUUCACCAAUCAAAUCGUGCAAUGAUACGCUUCAGCGUGACAACCCUACAACACGAGGCAACAAAGAAGAAAGUAACGUGCUUAACACAGUGUACAGGUGUAUAGCCAUGGCGCAAGGGGAUGUCACAAAGUUAGAACAAAUCAGCAAAGCGCUGAAGGAGAUUGAGUCCACAUGUAUCAAGUACCAAAGGUUCGGGAAAGCGAAUGAGGACGACUAA